CGACGUCUCGUCGACCUUCCUCCUUUCUUGUGCUGCUGCAUCUCGACCUUCCUUGCAUGCCUUUUCGACGCCGAUGGACGCUGCGUGCGGCGCUCUACCUGAUGCAAGCCUGCGCCAGCCGCGCGCUACCAGUCACAGACCCGAGCAGCCAGCGCAACGCCGACCAACAAAAAACGGAGGGUCGGCGGCUCACACAGUUCUGGCCUGACCACCCGCAGGUCGUGAUGGGCGCGGCGCCACGCCCUAAAGAUGGCUCGGCGCGCGAGCACCCUCCAGCGCCCGCCAUCGUUCGAAUGCUUGGUCAGCCAAACCACACGGCGAUCGUCCUUCGCACCGCAAAAACCCUUCCGAUGGCGCUGAUCGACGCCUGCUAUGUCCGCGACCCCCUGCCAGCGGGGCACGAUAUGUGGGUGCUGCACAACACGGAUCAGCCCAAUAUCUCCACAGGCGACCAGCUUGUAGCCAAGGGCGUCAACGCCAUGGUGUACACCGGGCAGAACGUCAGGGACGCGUUCGGGCAAGCCUACAACGGAUGGCUGCACUACACUCCAGGCCUCGUGUUGCUCCUGCUUUCGGCCCCGGCGUAUCAGUACGUUUGGGCGAUCGAAGACGACACGCUCUUCACUGGCCGCCUGCCUUCCUUUUUUAUUUCGCAAGCGGACCACACCGAGGAUUUCAUCGGGGCACACAAGCCAACGCACGGCCCGUGGAUGUGGGGAUACGGCACAGUCGUGCCUCGCGAGGCGGAUAAGGUGAAGACGAAGGUGCAGGUCUAUCGCCUCUCGGCGCGUCUGUUGCGCACCUUUGACGACAUGCUCCAACUCGGCCUGCACACGUACGUCGAGGGCACGGCCUCGAUCUGCUACGGCCUGCGGUGGUGCUCGACACGUCAGCUGCCACAAGAGGUUCAAGGCACGCACUUUGAGUGGAACACGAAGCUGACACCGCGGCACCUGUGCGCGCUUGGGGAUGACGGUCGCGACAAGUGGCAGCACAAACUUCCGUGGAUGCGCCGACCGACGCCGGACGAAGUAGUGGUGCUGCGGAGUGUGUGUGACGCCCAGCCGCCGCCCGAGGAGACGUGCUCGCGCCUGCCCGUGUGCAACAACACGAUGAUGGGCUCCAUGGCGAGGUGCGUCCCCAUCAGGACGCCCCGAGCAAAGCAGGUGUCGUAGGUGGCCACCUACUGCUCCUGCUGUCUUGUCCAUUUGACUCUAAUUUGACUCUCUUUCUGGUCCUAAAGCCGUACCUGCUCUCUUGUGCUGUGUCUGGGAAGACCGUGAAUCCAACACGUCCACAUGUGAGUGUCCUACGUUUGAGUUUAGGAGCACGUGUCGUGCGUCUUGGGUCGAUAUGAACAAACCUGUUUAUUAGUUU